AUAAGUUGAAACAGGGGAUAUAAAAUACUCCAUAUUUGUUGUUCUUGAAACAAUACACCCCCUACUCCAGCACCCAAAAAAACAAGUUGCAUAAAUACCUAUUCAAUUUCACCAAAUCAAAGCACAGAAUAACACAAGAAUCAAGAGUAACACACCCCAUGGCAUCAAAUUCAAUCAAGCUAUCCCUCAUUUUUCUUCUAAUAGUUUUCAUAACCUCAAAGGCUGAACUAGACAAACUUAAAGAAACAAACAUGACACUCUAUUUCCAAGAUUGGUCCGGUGGUCCAAAUGCCACUGUGCUACAAAUAACUGGCCAUCAAGAUCAUGGUCCUCUAAGUUUUGCCAAGUUUGGUUCUGUUUUCGUUACUGAUGAUCCAAUAACAGAAUCCUUUGAUAAGAAUUCCGCGGAAAUUGCUAGAGCUCAGGGCAUAUAUGUUACGUCUGCAUUGGAUGGCAAAAUUUCUCAUGUGUUAAUAUCAAUUAUUUUCACUAAUGAAGAAUAUAAAGGUACUACUUUGGAAAUUCAAGGUGCUAGUCCUCAGUUUGAAAGAGUGAGAGAAGUGGCAGUAGUUGGUGGCACUGGAAAGUUUAGGCUUGCUCGUGGAUAUGCAACUUUUGAGACUAUUCAUUUUGAUUUGGCAAUUCAUUACGUUGUUAUUCAGUGUAAUGUUACCAUUUUACAUUACUGAUUGGGUAUUAACAAUAUCAGAAUAAAGUGAAAAUUGUAGUGUGGUUUAAUUUGUUUCCGAUUUUAUUUUGUCGAUGUGAAAGCUAGCUAGAACAACAAGAAGAACGUACCAAUGUAAUCCCACAGGUAGGGUAUGGAGAUGAUAAAGUGUAACAUACCUUAUUCCUACCUUAGUGGUGGAGGUGAAGAAAGGCUAGUUAACUUGAACA